UUACCAUAUAGAGAUUGAGAGGGAGAGGGAGAGGGAGAGGGGGCAGGCAGACUUAAAACCCUAAAAACCUCUCUCGUUCUGUUUCACUCUCUCUUGGACUCGGACUCGGACUCUUUUCCCUUUCAUAAAUAUCUUCCUUUCCGAAAUUCUUUGAUCUGUCCCUCUUUACCAGCUGUUUGUUCUUUUCCCGUCUUGCCGAUGCAGAAGUCUUCCCUUUUGGCUUUCGGGGUUUCGUGUGUUGAGUAGUGACGCUGACUUGUAUGCACAUGUGAUUCUUUUCUUGCGUGAUUUUGAAUUAGCCGAACUUCUUGUGUCCUGAAGUUGUUACUUGUAGUCCAAGGUUUAAAGAGUUAAUCGUUUGGGACGUGAUUGAGGCCAAUGGUUAUGGUGGCUGCUAACCAAGAUAAAAUCCGGAGUUGCUACCCAAUGCAGUUUUCGACCAUGUUAGCUGAGGAUAACACAGCGCCUAGGAAGUUGAAGUUCAAAAUAACUACCAAAGGGAUAAGGGAUGAUUCCGGGGAUAAGUCACGGGAAAAUGUUGUGAAGCUUGUUAUAAACUGUGGACAAGGAGACAGAGUGGCUGGAGUUAGAAAUAAGCUUUCUGAGGCAAAUGUUCUCCUGAAGUCAUCUGUGCCAGCAAAGUCCAACAAGCGGAGGCCAGAGACUUCUCUUGAUGGUGAAAGGGGGAUUAGGCGGAAGAUAGACAGCAACUUGAAAAUUCAGUGUGGUAAUGUUUUGAAAGAAUUGAUGAAUCACCCUGAUGGAUGGAUUUUCAGUGAGCCAGUUGACCCAGUGAAGUUGAACAUUCCUGAUUAUUUCUCAGUAAUCUCUGAACCCAUGGAUUUGGGAACAAUAAAACGCAAACUAGAGGGCAAUAUGUACUUUGGUGCUGAGGAAUUUGCUGCUGAUGUGAGGCUGACUUUUUCCAAUGCAAUGUUGUAUAAUCCUCCUGACAAUAGAGUUCAUAGCUGUGCAAAGAAACUGGAUAGAAAUUUCAAUAGAAGAUGGAAGAUACUGGAGGCAAAAAUGCAGCAUAGUAAGAAUGUUGAACAGGCCAGUAGAAUUGAUUACAUGGAAAAAAAUGGCCCCCACACCAAGCAGACAGUAGGGCAGGUGCGUCAGGACACGAAGCUGAUUGGCCUUAACAAAGCUGCCUUGCGCAUAAAAGUCGGCACCUAUAAGUCAAUGUCAUUUGAGGAAAAAGAGAAGUUUAGGUUAGAGCUUGUGCAAGUGCUGAGCAAAAAGAUGACUGAAAAGCUGCGGAAUGUGUUUCAGAAAUUUAGCUUGACUGGUCUUGACAAAGAAAGGCUCGGUGCCUAUAUUGACUCGGCCGAUGAUGACACUUUAUUCAAGUUGAGAAGAGAAAUUAGAGUUUGCAUGGAAGCAAGAGAUGGAAAAGUCACGCCUGCAAGGAUUGUGCAAAAAGGAUUUCCCUCAUUGAGGAGAACUGUGCAGAAAGAACAUUGCGGUCAAGGUGCUUGUGCAUCUGCCAAUCACAGACAAUCAGUUGAUUCGACUGAAGCUAAAUGUUCAUCAUGUGUUGGCAUGAGCGAUAUAUCCUCGGAAAGAUCAUCGGAACAGGACCAUUGUAGUGAUUCUAGACGUCAGGGUUCCGAGGUGAAAUGUUCUCUGGCAUCUGAUACAAACAGCUCUGGUCCAGAUUCUGGUGGGCCUGGAGUUGUUCUCGAUGACGAAAACAGCUCUCACCUGUCAACCCCGGCCAUAUGUGCUGCUUCUGUUGAAGGCUGGAAUUCGCUAGAUGUGCAAAUGUCACCCAAGAAGGCUUUGCGUGCUGCAAUGCUAAAAACUCGCUUUGCGGAUACUAUCUUCAAAGCUACACAUCAGGUGCUUGUGGACCAUAGUGAGAAGUCUGAUCCUGUGAGGUUGCAGGAAGAAAGAGAGAAACUGGAAAGGGAACAACUAAAAGAGAAAGCUAGGAUUGAAGCAGAAAUCAGAGCUGCUGAAGAAGCUUCAAGGAGAAGGCUGCAAAAUGAUUUGAAGAUGCAACGUGAAAGAGAAAGAGCGGCUGCAAGGAUGGCACUAGAAAAGAUGGGAAGAACCGUCUUGAUUGAUGAAAAUGUAGAUAUCUGGAAAGACUUGGAGAUGUUGUGUUGUGGUUCCCCGUCUGAUCUACUUGAUGGAGAGGGGUGCGAUGUGAUGAAAGUCUUUCACCCUGGAAACCUGUUGGAGCAGCUUGGCUUGUACAUAAAAGCUGAUUAUUUGGAAGAGGACGAAGAUGCAACAUGGGAUGGAGAAGAGGGGGAGAUUCUGUCUUAGUCGCCUAAUUGCUUUUGGUCUUGUGUUUAAUCUUCUAUUUCAAGUGCUUGGAGCGGUAUUACUUGUACACAGUUUUUCCUUUGAGAUAUACGACACGUAACACUUGGGAAAAUGGAUUGAUUGCCUGUGCCCUGUGUGUAGGAUUUGUGCAUCUGCUAAUGAUAAUUAUUUCUAAAAAUGUCAGCUCCGAAAAUCUGUUAAGUGUGUGGAGUAGCAGACUUAAAUGUCAAAAGUUGUUGAAUUAAGGUGUGUGUCUGUGUCCUGGAAUACUUUUGCACGAUGUGCCUCGAA